ACCAAAACGAUGGCCGGCAACAUCGAAGCGACCGUGGUCGUCCCUGCGUACAAGGAGUGCGCCAACCUCGAGGAGCUCGUGACGCGCGUCUUCGCGGCGCUCGGCGAGGCCCGCGCCAAGACCACCGAGAUCAUUGUCGUCGACGACAACUCGGCCGACGGCUCGGAAGAGGUCAUCACCAAGCUCGCGGCCAAGGGCGUCAACGUCCGCAUCAUCGUCCGCACGAACGAGCGUGGCCUUAGCAGCGCCGUCCUGCGUGGCUUCAAGGAGGCGAAGGGCAAGCUUCUCUUGUGCAUGGACGCGGACUUGCAGCACCCGCCGGAGAACGUCCCGGCGCUCAUCGACGCGAUCGACCCGGCCAUCGGCAACGCCGAGUUUGUCAUUGGGACGCGCUACGGCGGCGCCGGCUUCUCGGUCGAUAAAGACUGGCCGCUGCACCGCCAGCUCGCCUCGAGCGGCGCGCGCAUGCUGGCGCGCCCGCUGAGCGCGCUCUCGGACCCGAUGACGGGCUUCUUUGGUCUCCCGGCCGACGUGCUCGGUCGCCCGCGCCCCGGCGACAUUAGCCCGAUUGGCUUUAAGAUUGCGCUCGAGCUCUUUGUCAAGUGCCGCGUGAAGCGCCAUGCGGAGGUGCCGAUCCACUUCGGCGUCCGCGUCCACGGCGAGAGCAAGCUCACGGGCAAGGUCAUCUUCCAGUACCUCCGCCACCUCUACGACCUCUACGACUUUGCGUACCCGUCGUUGCCGUGGAUCGUCUUCCUCAUCCUCCUCACGAUUGUGCUCCUCGUGUGUGUCUAAGCACGUUCGAGGAUGCUACUAUUAGGAUACUAAAAUCUAAUCAUGCGACAACACGCAUCGUAUAUUUCCAUGAUCG